CUUUGCUGACUGGGCAGUCUGGGGACCAAGCCCUGGGUGUUGGCCACGUGAUCCUGUCAGAUCCUCCCCAACUAGGGUGGGGUUCUGCACAGCCUUCCGAAAUCCAGUGGGGCAGCCCUGGCUUCCCUCUGCCCCACAAAGGCAGCUGACGCCCUGGCUCCCUGCCUCCCAGGGCCGGGGCAGGCACUUGGCUUUCCUGGGGAGCCCCAUGGGAGACAAGACUGCCCUGGGAAUCCUUGCGGGUACCCCACCGGCAGCGUCAGGACCCGGUGGAAUGUGGCACACUCACGAUUGCUAAGAGCUGUUAGCAGAGAAAACUUCCCAACCGACUUGGAGGCCUCUCGCUGACCCCCGCCUGGCCGGCAGGUCCCACCCGCCCGCCCCUAUGACCAACAUGAGCUGGGGCUUCCUGACGCGGCUGCUGGAGGAGAUCCACAACCACUCCACCUUCGUGGGCAAGGUCUGGCUCACCGUGCUCGUGGUCUUCCGCAUCGUGCUCACGGCCGUGGGCGGUGAGUCCAUCUACUCGGACGAGCAAGCCAAAUUCACCUGCAACACACGGCAGCCUGGCUGCGACAACGUGUGCUAUGACGCCUUCGCGCCUCUGUCCCACGUGCGCUUCUGGGUCUUUCAGAUCGUGGCCAUCUCCACGCCCUCGGUCCUGUACCUGGGCUACGCAGUGCACCGCCUGGCGCGCGCCUCGGAGCAGGAGCGCAGGCGCGCCUUGCGCCGCCGCGCAGGGGCCCGCCGCGCGCCCCGCGCCCACCUGCCGCCCGGCUGGCCCGAGCCCGUCGAGCUGGGAGAGGAGGAGCCCAUGCUGGGGCUGGGUGAGGACGCGGAGGAGGAGCCUGGGGCGCCCGAGGGCCCUGCGGAGGAUGCAGAGGAGGAGCGCGCCGAGGAGGUGGCCACCAAGGGCGCGGGCGCGGGCGGGGGCGGAGAGGCGGCGGGGACGCUGGGCCCGGCUACGCAGCACGACGGGCGGCGGCGCAUUCAGCGCGAGGGCCUGAUGCGCGUGUACGUGGUGCAGCUGGUGGUCAGGGCGGCCUUCGAGGUGGCCUUCCUGGUGGGCCAGUACUUGCUGUACGGUUUCGAGGUGCGGCCCUCCUUCGCCUGCAGCCGCCACCCGUGCCCGCACGUCGUGGACUGCUUCGUGUCGCGCCCCACCGAGAAGACGGUCUUCCUGCUGGUCAUGUACGUGGUCAGCUGCCUAUGCUUGCUGCUGAACCUGUGCGAGAUGGCUCACCUGGGCCUGGGCAGCGCGCAGGACGCCGUGCGCGGGCCCCAGGCCCCGGGCCCCAGCCCCGGCCCCGCGCCGCGCCCUGCGCCCUGCGCCUUCCCGGCCGUGGGCCUGGCCUGCCCGCCAGACUACAGCCUGGUGGUGCGCGCGGCAGAGCGCGCGCGCGCGCACGACCAGAAUAUCGCCAACCUGGCCCUGCAGGCGCUGCGCGACGGGGCUGCGGCCGGCGACCGGGAGAGCCUGCCCUGCUCUGGGCUCCCUGCCCCCUCCCGGGUGUGCCCCAGGGCUGGCGCAGCAGCUUCUGGCACCGGCAGCGCCACGUCGGGGGGCACGGUCGGCGAACAGGGUCGUUCUGGGGCACUCGAGCGGCCGGGUGCCAAGGCCAGGGCUGGCUCCGAGAAGGGCAGCACCGGCAGCAGGGACGGGAAGACCACUGUGUGGAUCUGAGCACACCGGCGGGGGACGGGAAAGGGCUGGAGGCAGGCGGAUGCCCAAGCUUGGGCACCUCUGACGCUUGGUGGGAUGGGGAGGAUGGGAGCCAUGAAGGGUCCCGGCUCCAGCCUGUGAUCCCCGAGGUGCGGGCAAGGCACUGGCCUCCUCUCCAGGGCCGGUCUCUGCGGCUAUCCUGAGCUUUGCCGGGCUGCGGCCAGCUGCCCUUCCCUUGGAAGUCCCCUCCAGCGGUUGGACUCCAGAGCUGUUUGUCCCCACUGCCUGCAGCCACAAAGAGGUUCUUUGCCCAGCCCCCCAGCCCACGAUCUGGCUCCUGAAGAGCCCGGGGCGACCCCAGCUCUUCCUUGACAGGAGGGGAAGCCGAGGAGCACCCGGGCUGGGGAAAGGCCCCUGUGGCCGUCCCAGGUCUGUACCUGGUCCCGGGGACUGGGAGACUGAGGCCCUGGAGGGCUGGGGGGAGCAGGAGCACACCUUCCCGCCUUCUGUGACAGCCUCAAAGUUCUGAAGAUACCUGUUCUGCCUUGCAGCUUGAACCACAAGGUGGUGGUCAGGGGCUGGGGCUUUGGCCAUGCUGCCAAAAGGGCUCCUGGGUUCCUCCCCAAUUCUGAGCCUCCUGAGCAAAUGGAGUGAAAUAAAGUUCAGGAGUGUGCAUCGGCAUGCAUGCAUUUCUGCAGGCGGACACUCUCAUGUAUGUAC